AUGGAGCUGCUCGCGGGGCGUCCUCCGGGGGCUCAGGUGCUACUGCCACGGAGAGAGCCACCACCGUCGAAGCUGCCAGGGUGGACUGCAGGUGGAAGCAGCAGUUCGAGCGGAAGCAAAGCGCGAAGCAGAUUUCAUCAAGGCGUGACUGCGCCGGCUGUGCUUUGCACUCUCCGAUUCUACCGUCGGUCUUGCCGGCAACGAUGGAGAGGUCGCACAGUGGCCUACAACUUUCCUCCCGGCUUGGAGCUCGAUACCUCCAUCGACAUUCCUGACCGGCCGGAGAAGCGGAUGGUGAAAGAGCUCAGCCGCUAUGAGGACCCCGAUGACCCCAUUCGACCGCAAGCUCCACCGAGAGAUCGCAAGGGCCUCUGGGCACCUCCAGGACCUCAGGCGAUUGCGGCGCCGGAGGUCCUCGUGGUGGGCCUAGGCAGACGGCUCCGUGCUGACGAGGAGGAUGGUCCUCGUGCUCGCUUGGGUGCGGGAGCUGUGGAGGCCCUGCAGCGGCGGUACCAGGUUCGGACGCACUUCGAUGCCGAUGUGCAGGGGUACAUGGCCACUUGCCGUGCCAGUCUGGACAAGUCGGGCCGUGCGGGCGUGCAGAAGAUUCACUUAAUGCAACCAUUGGUUGCGCAUGACACCGAUGAUAUCCGACUAAUACUGCUGCAUGUGUCUGCGGCAUGCGCGUGGGCUUCUGCUGUCGGCGCAGCGCUGGGGCGGCUGCAGGCAUUUGCACAGAGUCGGCGCGAGCGGCUUCAUGCCUCUCUGCAGGACGAGGCCAACGCUUUGUUCAAGGAGGUCAGUGCGGAAAAGUUCAACGAGCCUGGCACGGCCGAAGAUGUGCAUCCUCAGUGCCUGAAGGACUUCGAUCGAUGCACGUACCAGAUUGGUAGCUGCAACUACCAACCUGGGCAAGCCGCGGACUCCGGAGACAUCGCCAACGCUCGGCAAAGCUUCGCCAAGCGGCUUAGCGAGGAGUGCUCCUGCAGCGCUGCGGGAGUUCGUGUGAUUUCGGCUUUGUGUUCGCAAAUUUCUAUGGCACACCUGGCGACUGUCAGUUUCUCAGGGCCCCAUGCCUACGCGCUGCCCGGUGGCUUCACGAAGGCGCGGAUCCACUUGCGCCGCAAGUCUGAGGAGUCCUCGGAUCUCAUCCUCGGCAUCGAGCGUGCGGCAAGAGGCUUCGAGUCCUUCUCGCUGCCGGAGGAUGGCCAGGUGCACGACUGCCACAAGACUUCCUCGAUACAAGAAUCGGCGGAAGUCCAGUUUCGGUGUUCUUCCGAAGGCGUCCUCGUUGAUGUUCUGGAUGUUCGCGAGGCCAUCACGCUCUGCUUCCCAGACGAACGUGUUGUCGUGCAUGACGGGCUCCCGUUGCACUUCCGCUCGCCGCCGGCGGGGGAGAGCUUCCUUCGCUUGCUUGGUGGGUGCCUCGUUCGUUGGGCAAACGCGCUCGGCUUCCUCCGCAUGCUGCAGCCAAAGCGAAAGCGGGCUUGA